AAAAUCUAAGGUCACGAUGGAAAUUGGAAAGCUAUGGGACCUUUGGGGGUUUUAUGUUAUCUCAUUUGGAACUUGGAAGUCCUAUUUACGAAACGUUAUCCUGCUAUUGACCAGUUUCCUUUUCUUUACACCACAUCCAGCAGAAACCAGAGCCAGAAACUUAGAAGGCAUGUUUCUUCAUGCUGUAAUAGAUGUAUAGAAAAGAAACGUGUUAAAGGGAUGACUUUUUAUCAGGACCCUGGAAGCUUCUGGGUGCGUUCAAUGCCAUGGAAGAGAAGUGGCACUGGCCCCAUUGCUGUUAAAGUGCUGCAACUUUGAACUCAUUUUGAUCAGAAACUGUUGGAGAUUGCUUUCACCCUAAAUUUCUGCUGCGCAGGUCCUUACCACACCUCACCUGCAUACACUGGAGAGAAGUUGGAAAUGGAGAAACCAAAGGCCGGGGGCUUGCAGGGGUCAUCUGCCUCUCAUUUUAAAUCCUCAACAUCAUCGGGAAAUACUCAAUCAACCAGUCGAGAACAACAGAGAUCAAUCGAGGUUUUUGAAUCAGCAGGUACUCAAAAUGUUGGACAAUCUAAUGAUACAAUUGAGGGUUCUAGUACACAAGCCCAUGUGGAAGAGGAAGGAUUAUCAAUGAAUGUCACCUCUUCUGCAAGGAAGGAGCCUGUGGACAAGUGGAUGGCUUUUGGAGGAGAGGCUGCCAACAAUUCUCAGAUCAUAAGUUUUGAUGACUCCAUAAAAAACUUGAAUGGGGCUAGCGCAGCAGAGAAAGAUUCAAAUGGACAGUCUUCUCGUAGAAUUUUAACUGAAGCUAGCAUAGCUAAAAGGACUGCAGAAUGGGGUAUUGCAGUGAAGUCAGAUGUUGGAGAAGGUAGUUUCCAAGUGAUUGGUAGAACAAUAACACCGUCUGGAGAAGGUUAUCAUAACAAGAACUCAUUAGAGAAAUUUGCAAUGGACUCCGAAAGGACAUCAGGGGAAUCAUAUCAUGGAUUGGAGGUCUUUCCCAGGGUGUCACAGGAGCUGAAGGAUGCUCUGGCAACUCUGCAGCAGACUUUUGUUGUAUCUGAUGCCACCAGACCAGACUGCCCUAUAAUGUUUGCCAGCAGCGGAUUUUUCAGCAUGACUGGUUAUUCGUCAAAGGAGGUCAUAGGAAGAAACUGCCGCUUUCUACAAGGACCGGAAACAGACAGGACAGAGGUUGCCAAGAUUAGAGAUGCAGUUAAGAAUGGAAAAAGCUAUUGCGGCAGGCUCCUCAACUACAAGAAGGAUGGAAUUCCUUUCUGGAAUCUUCUCACUGUCACCCCCAUCAAAGAUGAUCAUGGAAAUACUAUCAAAUUCAUUGGAAUGCAGGUGGAGGUCAGCAAAUACACAGAAGGUUUCAAUGAAAAGGCCUUGCGGCCUAAUGGACUGCCCAAGUCGUUGAUUCGUUAUGAUGUUCGUCAGAAGGAUCAGGCUCUAGAUUCCAUCACAGAGGUUGUCCAAACUUUGAAACAUCCUCAAUCUCACACUCGGACAAUAAGUAAUGAUGCCAGCAACAAGCUUGAAGACAAGUUCAACCUUGAUUACCUUCUGCCUAAAUCUGCUGAAACUGAAAACGUUAGUACCCCUGGGAGAUACACUCCCCAGUCAGACUUCAGUACUGGUACUCCUAUACAAGAAUUUGGCAAGAAAACUAGAAAAUCAGGACGCAUUUCUUUAAUGGGGCUUAAAGGCAGGUCGUCCAGCUUUGCAGCCAAGCAGGAAACAGAACCAAUUAUUGAACCAGAGGAGUUAAUGACCAGAGACAUAGAACGCACCGACAGUUGGGAACGUGCUGAAAGAGACAGGGACAUACGCCAAGGGAUAGAUCUAGCAACUACGUUGGAACGAAUUGAAAAGAAUUUUGUGAUCACAGAUCCUAGACUCCCUGAUAAUCCCAUUAUAUUUGCAUCUGAUAGCUUUCUUGAACUGACGGAAUAUACACGAGAGGAAAUCUUGGGAAGGAACUGUAGGUUUCUUCAAGGACCAGAAACUGAUCAAGCAACUGUCUCAGAGAUAAGAGAUGCUAUUAGAGAACAGAGGGAAAUCACUGUUCAGUUGAUCAACUACACAAAAAGCGGCAAGAAAUUCUGGAAUUUAUUCCACUUGCAACCUAUGCGUGACCAAAAGGGUGAGCUUCAAUACUUCAUUGGUGUCCAACUUGAUGGAAGUGAUCAUGUCGAACCCCUACGUAACCGCCUGUCUGAGAAAACAGAGCUAGAUAGUGCUAAGUUGGUAAAAGCCACAGCAGAAAAUGUCGAUGAUGCUGUUCGGGAACUUCCUGAUGCCAAUUUGAGACCAGAAGAUUUGUGGGCAAUCCAUUCUCAACCUGUCUUCCCACGGCCUCACAAAAGAGAUAGUUCUUCUUGGCUAGCAAUACAGAAGAUCACUUCUCGUGGCGAAAAAAUUGGUCUACAUCAUUUUAAGCCCAUAAAACCCUUGGGCUGUGGUGAUACUGGCAGUGUUCAUCUGGUGGAACUAAAAGACACAGGAGAAUUAUUUGCUAUGAAGGCAAUGGAGAAGUCAGUGAUGUUGAAUCGUAACAAGGUUCAUCGAGCAUGCGUUGAAAGAGAAAUCAUCUCACUUCUGGAUCAUCCUUUCCUUCCCUCAUUAUACUCUUCUUUUCAGACUCCCACACAUAUUUGUUUGAUAACAGACUUUUGCCCUGGUGGAGAGUUAUUUGCCCUACUUGAUAAGCAGCCAAUGAAAUUUUUCAAAGAAGAAUCUGCAAGGUUCUAUGCAGCAGAGGUUGUCAUUGGUUUGGAAUAUCUUCAUUGUCUAGGAAUAAUAUACCGAGACCUGAAGCCAGAAAAUAUUCUACUCCAGAAGGACGGGCACGUUGUAUUAACCGACUUUGAUUUAUCAUUUAUGACAUCCUGUAAACCCCAAGUUUUAAAGCAUCCCUUGCCUAGCAAGAGAAGGAGAUCCAGGAGUCUACCACCUCCAACAUUUGUUGCAGAACCAGCUGCACAGUCAAAUUCAUUUGUUGGAACUGAAGAAUAUAUUGCUCCAGAAAUUAUUACUGGUGCAGGACACAGUAGUGCAAUUGACUGGUGGGCUCUUGGUAUUUUGCUGUAUGAGAUGCUUUAUGGCCGUACGCCUUUCAGGGGUAAAAACAGGCAGAAAACAUUCUCCAAUGUCUUGCACAAAAACCUCACCUUCCCAAGUAGCAUUCCGGUUAGUCUUCCAGCGAGACAGUUAAUUAACGCAUUGUUGAACCGGGACCCUGCCAGCCGUUUGGGGUCAGCUAGCGGUGCCAAUGAAAUCAAACAACACCCUUUCUUCCGUGGCAUAAAUUGGCCUCUAAUACGCUGCAUGAGCCCACCGCCAUUGGAGGUGCCUCUUCAAUUAAUCAAGAAAGAUACUCACGCCAAAGAUGUAAAGUGGGAAGAUGAUGGAGUGCUCCUUAGUUCUAUCGACAUGGAUAUUUUCUAAAGGAUGAUGUAUGGAUUAUAGUCCACUUUUUCAAUAUUGAUGUUCGUCGACUGAGCAGGUAUACUCUUAAAAUGGAACAUAUGCAGUGCAUCUACAAACAAGAUGACUUCCUAGUGCUGUUUGCAAUGAAGCUACCUCUGCUUGGUAAGAGCCAUAAAUUGGUCCCUCGUGGGCAUAUAGACUACUUAGGCUGGGUUGAUAGGGGGGUACAGCCAAAUUGGAUGAAAACAGUGUUGAGGGGAAGCGUCCUACCUUGAACUAGGUUACUUGGGUCCACUGUGUAACAGUCUAUAGUGGAGCUGUAGGCAUGAGUUUGACUCGAUGUGUUCUAAAUAAAAGUGUUAUCAGUUUUUGAUUAAUGAAAAAGAAAAAUCGAUCAAUCUUUGUUCAUAUGAA